CAAUCCAAAGCCGAUCCGGCACAUUCGAAUUUCGAAUCUCGCAAAUAUUGUCGUAUUGUUUUGUCUUGCGCUUAGGAGCAUGGGAACCGACGACGUACGCUCGAAGCUAUGGAAUACCGCCAUAGAAAGGGCGAGUAAGGACCUCGAAGCUGUAGCGGCUGACCAAAGCUCAAUCGAAAGGACCGUGGCAAGCGUCGACGCCCUUGUGGCCCAGGUGUCGCACUCGGUGGAGUGCCUCUUUCCAACCAACGGAAAAGAAUCGCAUGUGGUUGUCGAAAAUGAAGAUAUCCGGAAGUAUCUCGCGCUUGAGCGAGAACUAAUCUCCACAGCACUUCCAGAUCCACCAGCGGUAAGCAAGAACGAACGGCCGGAAGCGCCGGCUACGACUAAUUCUCGGUGUAACGCUUCGCUGCUAGUGUACGACGCACUGAAAGCGGUAAACAGCGAGAAUCCACAACAAUUUUUAAAUGCAAGCAAAGACAGGUGCUGCGCAGAGCUGGUUAACGAGCUCAUCUGUAAGGGGAAAAAAAGGUUCCACUGCAAAACGUGGACGGUUUCCACCUCAAUACCUGCGGGUUCAGCGGAAAGUCUGGCUGGUCCUGGAGAACAGGAGAAGCUUCCAGCCGUCAUUGCAACCACUCUGGAAAAGCUGGUGACAGAGAACCUGCGCUCCAGGCUUGACGACAUUUUCCAGAACGUCAAACCUCGCGACAAUGUGGCAGAGGAAAAGACGAAAGUGUUGAAAGAAUUCGGCGACCUGGCCAAACAGAUGGCCAAGUCGUGUAGCCUCGACGUCAUGGAAGCGCAGUACAGCCGACAAGUCGGGGAGGCGACUGCACUGUACAACAGGAGAGUGGAGCUUCUGAGGCAGCUCACAGAUCAGCACGCGAGACUUCAACGUGUGAAAAGGACGCAGGAGCGACGCGGAGCCUCCAUCGAAGCAGUCUCGGAUCACAUCGCCGAAACGCGUAGAGUCCUCGAAUCAAGACUCGACGAAUGCUCAGACAUAAUGGACGCCACGCAAGACCUGCAGGUCAUGCCCUUGGACACACUUCCAUUCAAAUUCAAGAAGUUUGUAGCUGAACCCGGGUGCGCUGAGGACUUCGAUAAGCUUUGCAAAGAGCUUCGCGGUAAUCUGCCCGUCGAGAACCGGCGUCUGGAGGCUCUUCAGAACGACCAGCGUCAUUUGGAUGAGCUUGUGGCCGACUUCCAUCGGGAACUGUUAAGACAGUGUCAAGGCAGCAUCCCUGCCUGGUGCGCGGAUCAGAAGGCGGCGAUGAAGGGGAACCGCAACGAAGUCAUCGUGCGGGAACUCUUCAAGGAGUUCCACCGUAACCCUGAUAAGUUUGUAAAGCGCAUGCGCGCCUUCAAGACUCGAGGUGUCCCUGGUUUGCGGGGGGCUUCUGUGGGCUCGUAGUGCACGCGACGAACUUCGUUUGCACAAUAAAUUGUGUAACAAUUCUUUUUAA